CCACCCAUGAGGUAUUUAAACCCUAAAAAAGAUGGACGACGGCCUUCGCAGCGUUUGGGUGAAGGGUUUUCCCGACAGGAGAAGAAGCACAGUGCCUCCGCUGCUUCCUCGGAGACUCAAACAUGGCACGAGGGUUGAAGAAGCAUUUGAAGAGGCUCAAUGCUCCAAAGCAUUGGAUGCUUGAUAAACUGGGAGGAGCAUUUGCGCCAAAACCAUCUUCUGGACCACACAAAAGCCGUGAAUGCUUGCCUUUGAUCCUUAUUAUACGAAACAAGCUAAAAUAUGCUUUGACAUACAGAGAUGUUGUCUCCAUUCUGAUGCAGCGACUUGUAACCGUAGAUGGAAAAGUACGCACAGAUCAAAAAUAUCCUUGUGGGUUUAUGGAUGUUGUAUCAAUUCCAAAGGUAAAUGAGAACUAUCGACUCCUUUAUGAUACGAAGGGUCGCUUCCGUCUGCAGUCAAUAAAGGAUGAGGAAGCAAAGUUCAAGCUUUGCAAAGUCAGAUCGGUACAGUUUGGUCAAAAGGGCAUCCCAUAUCUGAACACUUAUGAUGGCCGAACCAUUCGGUAUCCAGAUCCCCUCAUCAAAGCAAAUGACACAAUUAAGCUGGAUAUUGAAACAAACAAAAUUGUUGACUUCAUCAAGUUUGAUGUUGGAAACGUUGUCAUGGUAACGGGUGGUAGAAAUCGUGGCCGUGUUGGUGUGAUCAAGAACCGUGAAAAACAUAAGGGAAGCUUUGAGAUCAUCCACGUUCAAGAUGCUUCUGGACAUGAAUUUGCCACAAGACUUGGAAAUGUUUUCACAAUUGGGAAGGGAACCAAGCCGUGGGUGUCUUUGCCCAAGGGAAAAGGUAUCAAACUCUCAAUCAUUGAGGAAGCAAGAAAGAGGAAUGCGGCAGCAGUGGCUGCUGCUUAAUAUUUUUUCUGGUAGGGGGACAUUAGACACCUUGGACAAUUUUGUUUCCCAUUGCCUUUUAAUAUGAAGGUUGUGCUGUAUGACAUUUAUUAGUUUUUGUUUCGUUGUCAUUGUUGAAGAUUUUGAAUUAAAAUUUGAAUUUUGAAUCAUGUUA